AUGGCUGACAAGAGUCCAGGGAAGUCGCCCACGCCCUCGGGUGGGGGCGGCGACGACGACCGCGGCAGAACUGAAAAGCGGCCGCGGUCUCUGCUCAACAAGGUGUCGUUCUUCGAGCAGGUGUGGUGGGGUCGGGCCAGGUCGCCCUCGAUCGAGAGGGCGGGCGCCGGCCGCAGAGAGGGCGGCAUCUCUCCCGACGUGGAGGUCGGGACGGAGGUGGUGGUGGAGGACGUGGCCGACGACGGCCCCGGCCAGGAGAAGCGGCCCCGGAGGACGAGCGUAAGCCCCGAGCGCCACGACCAGCACCGGCGGUCGUCCGAGGAGGAGUGGGAGUGGGUGGAGGACGAGAGCAGCUCCUCCACGCUCGCCGAGGAUAUCGAGCGGCGCCUGGAGGAGCGGCGGAGGAUGCGCUCAAGCAGCAUCUCUCCCACGAGGGAGUGGGUGCAGUUGCGGCGGGGCGGCGACGAAGCGAAGGGCCCCGAGCGCCGCGAGCCCACGCCCGAGCCGUGGGAGUCCACCUACUCCGCCAGGGGCUCGUCCAUGGCCGAGGAGAUCGAGCGGCGCCUCGAGGCGCACCGCCAGGAGGUGCGACAGCGGCUGUCGUCACCCGUGAAGGAGUGGCCGCAGCUGCGGCAGUCGCCCGGGCCGAGAUCAAGCCGCGGCACUACGCCCGAGCCGAGGACAAGCCGUGGCGCCACGCCCGAGCCGAGGUCAAGCCGUGGCGCCACGCCCGAGCGUGAGGAAGCGCCGGAGGUCGAGUCAAGGAGGAGCCCGGCGCGGCAGUUGAUGAGCCGCGAGGUUGUGGCGAAGGCCGAGCGCCGCGGCGGCGUGGCCACGGCCGUCACCUCGACAACGCACACGACGACGGUUUGGGGCGCCCCCGGAGACGCCAAGCCGCACACGGAGACGCACUCCUCCAGUGACCGCCUGGAGGAGGACGACCCCGACAGCGCUGGCCAGGAGGGCUUCCAGCGCGUCGAGGAGGAGGAGCGGGAGAGCGUGGAGCAUGGGGACCGCGUCAGGUACCACCGCGUUGUGGUGCGUCGUACCGUCGAGCGCACCGUCAGCACGUCGCCGGAGCCGAUGGAGCAGGAGGGCGCCGUGUCCCCGCGGCUCCUCAGCCCCUCCCCGCCCCCCGGCGAGGCUGGCGCGACGCCCCAGCACGCUCACAAGACUCGCAGCAGAACCAAAUCGGGACCGCGAUCCAGACUCCGAUCCCGCACGCCCUCCGUCGAGCGCAUUCUGGAGGUGGAGGAGGCGGAGGACUCCCCCGCAGUGUCUCUCUCCUCCUCGACCGACCCGCGAAUCCUAGAUGCCCCCGAAGAACAACGCGCCGCCAGCGCCGCCAGCAAGAGCAGCGUGUCCCCAGAUCAAUUUACCGAAAAGGUUCCCGGCGAGCAGCCCUCCAGCACGAGUGGCCAGGACGCGGCGAGCCCCGGGAAGGAGAGGCCGAGCCCCGACGAGCGCCUGACGAUGGAGGCGGUAAGCACCGUGCAGUGGGAGGAGGGUGGCACCCGGAACGAGGUCCGCCGCUACAGCACCCGGGUCCUGAUCCGCGACCGCGACCCGAGCUACACCAAGUACGUGAUGACCUCCCGCACCGCCUCCCGCGACUCGCUCUUCUCCACCGCCAGCAGCAGCGAGGAGUCGCCGCGGUGGGAGGGCGCCCCCGCCUGGGUGGCCAGGGUCACCCCGCAGCCCGCCGACGAAGACGCUCCGGAAGGAGACAAGGGGGUCUUCCGGCAGAGGUCCAAGCAGUACCAGCAGCACAUCUCCAGCCUCAAAGGUGAGGACACGCGCCCGCGCCUCCGCUCGCCCAUUGGCCAGCGAUGA